UGCCCCAAAUUUCAAAGCACGACGAUAUGCCUGAGACAUUAUUGUCAACCCUUUGAGACAAAAAAAAAAAGGAAACCAAAAUCAAAAUCUCAGCGCAGAAUGGUGGACGAUCAGGAGAGCGCGGAAACGGUGCUGCCAGGAGAAGAUGCAGCCACAGGUGAAUGGGAUUCAAACGAUUUUCAGAGGAGCCGCAUGGAAAUGGCCAGGAAAAAGCCGCGCGGAAAAGGGCGACUGUGCAUGAUCUUUCGGCUGGGAGAGCAGCCGCAUUGCGAGUUCGUCAACGGAUUUCCCCCCAAGGAUGCGUUGAUAACCGACAAACGAGCAAAGUGACAAGAAAUUUGUGUAAUGCCAAAAAUAUUUUCAUCAAAUGAAAAGGCUGAAGCGGAUAUGCUACAUCUGUAAAUAGUAGAUUGGCCAAUAAGCAGCAUUGAAUUAUUUGAAUACCAUGUACAUAUGAUCAAAUGGCUUACAUUAAUAGUUAAAUUGCAA